AUGUCGACUGGCACUCAAGAUACCAACGCACAAUCAAUGCAUGCUUUGCCCAAACUUGAGCCGAUUGAUGCCCGGAAUGAGUCUGUUCAAAAGCUUCUGACAAGGCCGCAUAAAUGCAUUCUAAGUGAUUUAGACAUGCUUGUGUGGGAACGGAGCCAAGCGCACGAUUGUAUCCUGCUCUUUCUAAUGCACUUGAGCGAGGCAUGCACAGGUUGUCCGACUCGCGAUGUUGUUUGGGAUAAUUAUACAACGUAUUCGACGUCGAAAAGCAUCGUGGAUCGUGUACUUGCCCUACUCAUUCAUUUGGAUUCAUGGACCGACGAAAUCGAACCACUCUCAGGCCCUCAGCGCUUUGGAAAUCUGGCCUUUAGAUCGUGGGGUGCUAGACUCGCUGAACGCAUAAAUGAACUUCAUCAGUCUUGCUUGCCAGACUAUUUGCAUAUAUAUACGAUUGAGCUGUGCUCAUAUCUUAUGGAUGCGUUUGGCUCUUUCAUACGUAUUGACUAUGGCACGGGCCAUGAACUCAACUUUAUUGCAUGGCUUGCUUACAUGUAUCGACUGGGUGCAUUUCAGGAAGAAGAGUUCUUGGAGCAACGUCUCGCUCUGGAAGUGAUUCCGGCGUAUUUGCGUGUUUCAUGGCAUUUGCAAGAUAGAUACUCACUCGAACCAGCAGGAAGUCACGGAGUUUGGGGCCUGGACGAUUUCCACUUUGUGCCAUACAUCUUGGGUGCUGCUCAGCUACGUGAUACUUGUAUGACGCCUAGCGAAAUGACAGAUGUAUCGCUCUAUCCGCACAGUCGCCAGCGAGAGCCGAGGGUCGGUCCGCGCCUUACGCCGCAAGCGACACUUUUUUACAAACCGCCGCGGUCGCUCACACCCUUACCCAACAUUCUUUACGGGCCUGCUUAA